CCUUUUGCUCAUCUCGUCCCAACGGCGCAAAAGACGCCAAAAUAUGCUCAAAUCAACCUACCAACCGUCCAGCUCACCCCUUCCCCCACUACCACCAGGCUGGACCGAGCACAAGGCGCCAACAGGUCACACGUACUACUUCAACCAAGCAACCCAAACUUCGACGUACACGCGCCCAGCUUCUGCUCCCGGCGUUGUCGCCGAGCACAAUCCCCAUGCCAGCUUCCAGCAAUAUUCUGCCGUCCCGAACCUCGCCGACCCCGCUGUCGCCAACGCCUGGCAGGCACAGUAUAACCCCCAGGCGCAAACCCAGCCAGAGCGCCCGCGCUUUGGAGGCCGAGGUGGUCACCAUGGAGCACCAGACGCGAGGAACCGCCCGCGCCCUGAACCGCGCGACAAACCGAGAUCCAAGGUAGCCAUUCCCGGGUGCGAGCCCUGGAUUCUGGUGUACACAAAAUACGGCCGGCGGUUUGCCUACAACCCCGUCAAGAAAGCAAGUUUCUGGCGCAUACCCGAGAAGGUCAUGAAGAGGAUAUUGGAUCUGGACAUACAAAGCAUCCAAGAGAAGGCUGGAGCGGUGGUGAAAGGCGAUGGUUUGGAGCCGAUAGUGGACAAGGAGAGGCAAGCACAAGCCGUAGUACAAGAGGAGCUGGAACAGGAACAGGAGCAAGAAGAGUUCGGCUCAGAUUACGAAGAGGUGGAGGUCACAGACGAGGAAGAUAUGAACGCUAGAGAGGUCGACGAAGACAACGAACAUGCCUCGAAGCGCCAGCGUAUCGAAGACCAGGACCAACCCUUUCCUGUCGAGUUCAGCGAGGAAGACAUUGCGUUCCAAUUGCAAGCCAUGGGUGCCGACUACGGCUUGGAACCAGGCGAAUACGAUGACGGAGACCCCUCAGCCUGGCCUGAAGGAGCUGAGGGGAUUCCACUGUCCGAUGUAGACACGCAGAACCUCUUCAAGGACCUGUUGUCCGAUUACGGCAUCAGCCCCUUCUCGCCUUGGGAGAAGAUCAUCGAGGACGGCAAGAUUGUCGAAGAUCCGCGGUACACGGUGCUUACAUCCAUGAAGGCGCGACGCGAAGUCUGGGAGGAAUGGUCUCGAGAACGGAUCGCCGUCAUCAAGGAGCGGCGGGCCAAAGAGGAGAAGAGGGACCCCCGGAUCCCGUACAUGGCCUUCCUGCAGGAGAAGGCCAACACCAAGCUGUACUGGCCCGAGUUCAGGCGCAAGUACAAGAAAGAGCCCCCGAUGCGAGACAUGGCAUUGAGCGAUAAGGAGCGUGAGAAGUGGUAUAGGGAGUACGUGUCUCGCUUGAAGAUGCCUCAGGAUACGCUCAAGAAGGACCUGACGGCUCUGCUCAGAAGCAUACCGGCCAAGGACCUGAACAACAAAACCUUGCUCGAAAGCCUGCCGCCACAAGUUCUCGCCGACGUCCGUUUCAUAAGCCUGGACCCGCAAACCAGGAAUCCGCUUGUCGAAGGGUACAUUUCUACGCUGGACCCGCCACCCGAGGUCGAAGAAGUGAUAGAAGACGAGACAGUUCGAAAGAGCCGCCAUGAGCGGGCCAAGAGGGAGAGAGCGCUUGCCGACAGGGAACGUGUUGUCGCUGAGGAGAAGAGGCGACAACAAAGACAACUGGCGCACGGGCGGGCGAUUCUGAGAGAAGAGGAGAUGGAGCUGGAACGGGCCAUGCGAGUGGACAAGAAGGGAUUGCAGAGUCAGUUGAUGGCUGUCAGGGAGAAAGACAGCGAGAGCAAUCACUAAACUGGACAGUGCGGGCAAGGAAGGUACCACUGUAUUGAUACCCAAAUAUGAAAUUG